AUGCUCAUCCCCCCCACUCACACCUCCCGCUUCACCUUGCCCUUCCCCCUCUCUCCCCCCCCCUUCUUAGCCAUGUCCGCCGCCUUCACCAGCGCGCCCCCCUUGCUGUUCCGCGGCGCGUCCGCCCGCGCUGCCGUCAUCCCGCGCCGCUCGCGCCGGGCCCGCCCGUCGCGCGCCCCGCGCAUGUCCGCGCGCGCCACCGCGCCCGGGAACGCGCUCACGCUACACGUGGACGCCGCCUCGCGCCGGUACCCCAUCCUCUUCGCGAACGCCGUGCUGCACAAGCCGGAGACCUUUGCGCCGUACCUGACGGGCGACAAGGCCCUGGUUGUCACGAACACCACCGUCGCCGCGCUCUACCUGGACCGUGUCACGGCCGCGCUCGCCGCCGCCGGCGUCGCCGUCUUCGUCGAGGUCCUCCCGGACGGCGAGGAGUUCAAGUCGCUCGAGUACGCCGCCAAGAUCUGGGACGCCUGCAUGCGCCACCGCCUGGACCGGAAGAGCACGCUCGUCGCGCUGGGGGGCGGCGUCAUUGGCGACAUCACCGGCUUCGCCGCUGCCGCCUUCGUCAGGGGCGUCCCGUUCAUACAGGUCCCGACCACGCUGCUGGCCGUCGUCGACUCGUCCGUAGGCGGCAAGACCGCCGUCAAUCACCCCAUGGGGAAGAACAUGAUCGGCGCCUUCUACCAGCCGCACGCCGUCGUCGUCGACACCGACGUCCUCGCCACGCUGGACGACCGCCAGCUCGCCGCCGGCAUCGCAGAGGUCGUUAAGUACGGCAUCAUUCGCGAUUGGCAAUUCUUCGAGUGGUGCGAGGCGAACAUCGACCGCCUGGUCGCCCGUGACCAGGCCGCCCUGCGCUACGCCAUGGUCCAGAGCUGCAAGCACAAGGCCGACAUCGUCGCGGCCGACGAGCGCGAGAGCGGCGUGCGCGCCACUCUCAACCUCGGCCACACCUUCGGCCACGCCAUCGAGGCGUGCAUGGGCUACGGCGCGUGGCUCCACGGUGAGGCCGUCGCCGCCGGCAUGGUCAUGGCGUGCGAGAUGAGCGUGCGCAUGGGCUGGAUUUCGAGCGACGUGACCCAGCGCGUGGAGCGCGUGUUCGCCCGCGCUAGCCUCCCCAUCCGACCGCCGCCCAGCGUCACCCUGCAGAACUUUAUGACGUACAUAUCGGUCGACAAGAAGGUCGAGGCCGGCGUCCUCAGACUCAUCCUGCUCGAGGCCCCCGGAAAGGCUGUGCUCACCGCCGAUUUUCCGGAGUCCGUCCUGUUCGACACUAUCAUGCACUACCACCAGCUGUACAAGGCCAGCCCCGGCACGUACGAGCACGCCAUGCUCGGCCUGCCACAAUAACUGCACAUACUAGCCGUAGACAAAGCGAGACGAGUAAAUAGCAAC